AUGGAAAACAAGUUGACACGUCGUUUUUGUUUCUGGACAGCAGAUGAGCUCCUCCGAGCUUACAAAUCAAAAACACUUUCUCCCAAAGUGGUCGUUGAGGAUAUUCUCGAAAGAAUUCAACAAGUGAAUGACAAGGUGAAUGCCUACUGUUUUGUGGAGGAGAAGGAAAAUUUGUUAAAGCAGGCGGAAGAAUCGGAAGCGAGAUAUUUGAAUGGAAAUCCUUUACCAUUGGAUGGCAUUCCAGUGAGUGUGAAAGAUUUACUUACCGUCAAGGGCUGGAAAACAUAUUUUGGUUCAAAAGCUUACACCACUCAAAGACUUGAAUUAGCUGGAAAUAAUGAACAAGCUUUGAUCGAUCAAGUCGAUUCUCCAAGUGUAGAACAUGCCAGAAAAGCUGGAUGUAUUUUCAUUGGAAAAGUGACAAGUCCAGAAUUUGGAUGGGAAGGAGUGACAUUGUCACCCAUGACAGGAAUCACUCGAAAUCCAUUCGAUUUUAAUUUAUCAAGUGGAGGAAGUUCUGGUGGAAGUUCUGCUGCCUUAGGAUUGGGAAUGGCUCCAUUAUCGAUUGGUUCUGAUGCUGCUGGAAGUGUAAGAAUUCCAGCCUCCAUGUGUAUGGUCUCUUCAAUUAAGCCAACGGUUUCGAUGGUCCCACACGCUCCUGCCUCUCCUUUCGGAACCAUGUCCAACAUUGGACCCAUGGCCAUGACCAUUAAAGAUGUGGCACUUUUUCUCGAUAUUAUUGCUCAACCUCAUCCAUGGGAUCCUCUCUCUAUUCAUCCUUCUUCUUGUGAUGGAAAUUCGAAUCAUGUGAGUGAUUUGUAUGAUUCACCACCCAGAAAAUACAGUGACGAUUUGGAAGGAUCCAUUCAGGGUUUAAGGAUUGGAAUGAAUUUUUCACUUUCUGCGUAUUGUGAUCCAGAAAUUGAGAAGGCUGUGAGACAGGCUGCCAAAGUAUUUGAAGAAUUGGGAGCCAUUGUUGAGGAAGUUCCUGAACUACCCUUCCAAAAAGAAUCAGAAAAUCUCGACAUUUUCGGAUCCUUUAAAGUAUUGUGGUGUACGGGAGGAGCCACCGUGGUCAACAAACGAAUCAAACCUGAAUAUCAACAUUUAGUGGAUGAAAACUUGCAAAAAGUCGCAUCACGUGGACGCUUCUACACAGCUUACGAUUUAAAUAGCGCUGAAAUGACCCGAACGACCAUGACUGCUGUCAUGAAUCAACAAUUUUUCACAAAGUAUGACAUUUUGAUGACUCCAACUCUUCCAAUUACUGCAUUCGAAGCAGAAUUGGAAACUUGUCGAGAUGAAAGCAUUGUUGAGAAAUUAUGUGGAUUCCAUUCAAGCAAUAACAUGAACUCGUCUCAUUCAAAAUUCCUGCCACCAUGUCAAUCUCCAUAUUUUGAGAAGGAAUUUGACAUGCGUCGUUGGUGGAUGUUUUGUCAAUACACUUACCCAAUGAAUAUGAUGAAGUUACCAGCUGCAUCAGUUCCAUGUGGAAAAUUUAUGGGACUUCACAUUGUUGGACCUCAGUACGCAGAACGAUUGGUUUUGAAGGUGGCUCAUGCAUUCCAGAGUCAUACAGAUUUUGUUCCUGACUUGUCCAAAAAUUGUUGUUAA